GAUCGCGGCGGACACGGAACGGGCCAGCUCCGAGAUAACUGAUGGCACGGCUCGAUCAAACGAUAAUUGAAACAUAAUUGCGAUGUUAACUGCGUAGCAAUUAGAAGAUUCGGUAUUCGCGAUGCCAAGAAUGGGACGGCCAUCGAGUUGUCGCGUCGUUGCGUCAUUUUUUGGCAAGUAAAGAUAAUCGCGGGAGAUGAUAAGCCUUCUUGCUUUGUGGCGUACAUAGAACGGACCGGCCCCAAGACGAGUGGCAGCAUGACUAAUCAAACGAUUAGAGUAUUUAUACCACAACUCUUUUGCACAACAUGAUGCCUAAAAUAAAACCUUGGCAAGAGUUUUAACUUGAGAAAAUGGAGGAGAAGACGAUCUGAGAGGAAGAGGAGGCCUAGGAGACGCAUCAAGCACUGGUAGAGCAACUUUGCGAAUCAUCGUAGCUAGGUAGCUGAUAACUCUACUAUUGUGCAUCGGUCGGUCACCAUCGCACUAACCAUUGGCCUCGCCCUGGUCGAUCGAUCAAUUGCCGGCGUGAUACCGCUGGACCAUGAUCAUCAUGUCUCGCUGGCUAGCUCGUACAUGCAUUUUCAAGGGCCAGUACAGGGACCUGAAUACGAGGUGAAAGUGCCACACGUACCUGUGGACCAUCUUAGUGAGCACAACUUUUUGGGCCACCACGAGCAUCGUCAUCACGACGGUUACACGGUCGACUAUGUGGCGAAGCCAAAGUACGAAUUCUCAUACGGCGUCGAGGAUCAUCAUACCGGCGACUUUCACGGCCAGAAGGAGUCCAGUGAUGGACACGGCGUGACCGGGGAGUAUACCGUGAAGGAUCCGGGUGGCAGCCUCCGGGUCGUUUCCUAUCACGCAGACAAGGAGGGAUUUCACGCAGUAGUACACACUACCGGGAAGAAUGAUCAUUCAGGCGGAGUCUAUGGUGGUCAAGGACAUGAGACCCAAGAUCACCUACAUGAAUACGCCGCGUUAUCCGCGCACGCUGCAGCAUUCUGAAAGAAAACUAUAGCGACUACCAUGACAACUGGUGACUGAUCGUUUUUGUAUGUACCUGGCACGAUUAGACUUUUCCUUUGCCGAAUCGUCAACGUUGAUGUUUCCGUUUUGUAUACCAAAGGUAACAACGGUGCUGUCCGUCCGACAUUACACGCAAGGAUAAUGUAUCGUAUAUUUGUAAAUAUAUAGUUUAUCCUUCUUAUACACGAUAAACGACAUAAACAUGAUGGAAGAAUACAUGUUUAUUCUUUUUGUGUUAUAUAAGCAGCAGUAUGCCCUGCUUUUCCAGUAUAGAAAAUUAUUGACAAAAAAUGAUA